AUGGAUCAACUCAACGCUUAGACUGUCUUAGACCCAUGCCCAAAAGGAAAGCGGGUGAUCCGGAGGAGGCGCUGGAGUCCGCGAAAAAGAAAGACAAGAAGGACAAGAAGGAAAAGGAGGAGAAGAAGGAAAAGAAGGAAAAGAAAGACAAGAAGGACAAGAAGGACAAAAGAGCUGCGGCUGCGGCCAGUGCCUUUCUAGAAGAGGCUCCACCGACUCCAGUGGCUAUACUGCAGCCGUCGCCAUACAGGAUAGCUGAGGGCGAGGACGGAAAGGAAGAAGAGAUUGCAGCGCCAGAGAAGAAAGAUACCAAGAAGGAGACAAAGAGCGAAAGCAAGAAAGGCAAAGGAAACAAGCCAAAGUCCGCAAAAGAGCCCAGCAAGGGAGGCCAAAAGAUAGAACAGAAGGGACAGAAGGCACCUGAUAUAGAAAAGGAAGGCUCGCUGGACCAAGACAUGGUGGAAAGCAAAGCGCAAGAAGAUGAGCAACACAAAGCUCAUACCAUUCAGGCGGCUGAAGAUGCUGAGGAUGAGGAUUUUUGGAAGGGCUUGAACGAUGAGGGUGAGCAACCAAUCAGUUCAUUGGGAAGCAGUGGCAAGGCAGAUGGUGCCGUAUUUGUGACCAAGGAGCCGGAUGGCGAUGCUGAUCCAUCCUUGAAGCAACAGGAGGCCGAAGAAGCCCGUACUGAAACAGACCCUGGCCCCGAGCGUGUUCUGCAGCUGAGCCGUGAGGAGCAACAAACUUUGAUGACCAGCGGCCAGUUGCACUUGCAAUUACUAAAUCGCUGCUGCGAGGCAAAGGUCAAAAUCCAGGGCGAACAGCUGCAUUUCACUGCUGAGCAACCCUAUAUGGCAAGGACAGCUGAACUGGCUGCCAGGUGCCUCCUGGCGAGCAACCGUGAUGAGCCCGUCGAGCUUCGGGUCGUGCCAGAGGCAUCAGGUGCAGGUGUGGUGAAUCUUCCAGGAGCCGGACUUUUGCAGGUUCCCUCCACUGGAGGUGUGGAUCCGAAGGAGCUGCGGCGUUUUGGUGACGUGGUGGCAGCCUUCGUGCUGCCCAAGGAGCCCUUGAAGAAGCCACAACAACUGAGCGCGAUUCAAGAGGACCUCAGCCGACAGUUGGGUCUCGCCAUUGAUCAGGCAGUCGAGGUCCGCUACGGCGAAGAUUGGUUUCACGCAACUGUUGUGGGGUUCACCGACCAUGGUACCGUGAUGGCUGACUACUUCCGCAAAGAUGGGAGCCGGCCAGAAUUUAAAGGUGGCGAGAUAGAAGUUGCUGCGGCUGACAUCCGCGCAGCACAGACACCGCGGCCAGGCAUGGAGAUACAUGGAACACUUCUGCUCAUUGGGGACAAGAAGGCCAGAGAAUGUGCCAGGCAGCAUGCUGCUGCCCAAGCAGAGCGCAAAGCCAUAGCAGAAGGUGUGGCAAGCUCUUUGCGGGACAGGAACGAGCAGACUAUGACAGAGCAGCUCCUUGGUAUGCCAGAGGAUGGGGAAGUGCUGGAAGAGGAGAGUGACUGCACUAUAUGUGUGGUUGAACUACCCGCAGACAGUGCAACAGGAAGUGGGCUGCAGCGCCUGAAUCAGGCAGCGCAAGUUACGGAUGCGGCGCUGGAGGUGCUACCUGGAGGCAGGGCAGGAUGA